AUGUUCAAACGGUCGUUCACUUCUUCCCAGGGGACGAAGGACCGCGUGAGCAAGGUCAGCAAGCAGCAGCCGAAGAGAUCGUUUCGCGAAGAGACCAAGCAGAGGAUGCUCGAGAAGCUGGAGAGCCCGAGGUCGGUGGGCAGCGGUUCGCCCAAGCUCACAAGCGCCAUCAUCACCGUGGUCAUCGGCCGCGACCAACGGCUCUUCGCAGCGCACGAGGACGUGCUGUGCCACUCGCCGUUCUUCCAGGCGGCGCUGCAGGGCCAGUUCCUCGAUGCGUCGCCCAACAAGCGCAUCAUCCUGCCCGACGAGGAGCCCGAGAUCUUCUCGUGCGUGCUCGAGUACCUGUACAAGGGAGACUACACGCCCCGCCUGCUCCACGACAAGCGGCGCGGCUCCUGGAUGCUCGAGGGCGCCGAGGUGGUCCCCUCAACCCAGACAACACCGGACCUGAACAAUCCACAAAACAACACCAACGGCGGCCGAGGAGGAGGAAAUGCCGAAGGGAUGCAGCAGGGCGCCAGCAACAGCAUGGCGACCAUGUUUCACGCGGGCGAAGGCGCCGUGCUCCUGCGGGACACGGUGGUGUACUGCGCGGCUGAGCGGUACGGGCUGGCUGAGCUCAAGCGGCUGGCGCUGCGCAAGCAGGGCCUGCAGUCGGGCAUCGACGUCGGCACCGUGCUGCGCUCGGCCCGCUACGCCUACGCCCACACGCCCGACACGGACUCGCGGUUGCGCGCCCACUACCUGGCGCUGAUCAUCCGCAGCCGCCGCACCUUCAAACGCAGCGGCACUAUGCAGCAGGAGAUGGAGAUGGGCGGCAAGAUGUUCUUCGACCUCUUCGUCGCCAUGUGCAACCACAUCGACGACAUCGUCGACAUUGGCAACGCCAAGUCGCCCAAGUCGAUCAUCUAA